GCGCAAUUCUGAAAGAUGGAGAGUGAACUUAGUCAGUGGCCUGCUGCGGCCAGGGUCGAAGUCCAGCCUUUGAUCAGGACGUUCCCUGGGGGCAGGCAGGAGGGACCUGGGAGCCUGGGGGAGCCGGAGCGCGGAGCCCCAGAGGGUGCAUCGGUCCUAGUAGCUCUUCUCAGCCGCCAAGCUGGAGCUGGACCUGAAGACCCGGAACGCCGGGCCCGCGGCCGCGGCACAGAAGCUCCACCAUGCGCAGACCCCGGCAGAGAGCGAGCCAGUCGCGGUGGCCUCCCGGCGGAGUGGCCGGGCCAGGAGCGUGCUGCGCUGGUUCUCCACCGCGGUCCUGUACGCCGCCUUCCUGGGGCUGGGAAUGAGUGUUGCUAUCCUGGGACCCACAUUUCAAGAUCUGGCGGAGAACGUGAACAGAAACAUUAGCAACCUGUCUCUGAUAUUUGUGGGCCGUGCCACCGGGUUCUUGUGCGGCACCACGAUUGGUGGGAUUCUCUUUGACCACAUGAAUCAGUUCUUUCUUUUGGGAGCAUCAAUGGUGGCAACCACAGUGACACUUUAUCUCAUCCCGUUCUGCAAGACAGCAGUCUUACUGAUCAUCACCAUGUCUGCCUUUGGGGCUUCCGUUGGCGUUGUGGAUACAGGUGCAAAUGUCCUCAUCUUGGCUCUUUGGGGGGACAAAGGAGCCCCACAUAUGCAAGCCUUGCACUUCAGUUUCGCCUUAGGUGCCUUCCUGGCUCCCCUGCUGGCUAAAUUGGCCUGGGGUACCACAGCAUCUGCUCAGAAUCACACUGAGUCCGACUUUGACCCUCUAAUGCUGAACCGAACCUCCGAAGCUGCCACAGACUCUGUGUUCGCGGUACCCGACGACAUGAAUCUGCUGUGGGCAUACGCGUCCAUCGGAACCUAUGUUCUAGUAGUUUCUGUCUUCCUGUUUGCUCUGUUUUGUGAGAAACGCUCAAAGCAGAAAAAAUCCUCAGCGUCUGCUCAGGAAGUUCGAAGAGCUAAAUACCACAGGGCCCUGCUAUGCCUCCUAUUUCUCUUCUUCUUCUUCUACGUGGGAGCCGAGAUCACGUACGGCUCUUACGUAUUCUCCUUCGCCACCACCCACGUUGGCAUGGAAGAGAGCGAGGCAGCUGGCUUGAACUCCAUCUUCUGGGGGACCUUCGCAGCCUGCAGGGGCCUGGCCAUCUUCUUUGCGACAUGCUUACGGCCUGGGACCAUGAUUGUGGUGAGCAACAUCGGCAGCUUGGCCUCAUCUUUCUUUCUGGUCCUUUUUGACAAGAGCCCUCUUUGCCUCUGGAUCGCGACUUCUGUGUAUGGAGCCUCAAUGGCAACCACAUUUCCCAGCGGCAUCUCCUGGAUUGAGCAGUACACCACCUUAACUGGGAAAUCUGCAGCCUUCUUUGUCAUUGGUGCUGCCCUGGGGGAAAUGGCUAUUCCUGCAGUGAUCGGAAUUCUUCAGGGACACUACCCAGACCUGCCAGUAGUUCUGUACACAUGUCUAUGCUCCGCCAUAUUCACGGCUGUUUUAUUUCCUGUGAUGUAUAAAUUAGCCACCUUACCCCUGGAACGACAGCGCAAAGGAAGAAGGAAGAGCGAGGACCAGAAGGCUUUGCCCACUAGUUCUAGGCUGUGAGGAAGAGACUACAUGAGAACAUUUUUUAAAAAGAAAGAAAAAGAAAGGAAUGAAACCGCUUUUGAAGUUGUAGUGUGUGAUCCAUGAGGCCAUCUGUGACGGAGACAUCUGGAGAUAUGAUGAUGGGGCCCAAAAGUGCCUUUCCAUUGAGUUCUCUGCCACUAAGAAAGGCAACCGCCCCCACCCCUGGACACACCUGGACAAAAGGGACACACACUGGGGGAUGAACUACUGAGCAUCUUUACCAAAUAAAGAGUUCAGCCAAGUGGAAAGUGAAGAUUUUUCAAAAUCUGUUGGUACUCAAGGCUUUUGAUCCUAUUUGUAGAGAAUGCUAGAAAAUUUAUAAAUGUUCUGUGAUUCUCAGUCAUCCGUAAACUACCAAACGGUCUCAUAUUGUAAGAUCUCACUAGGAGACUUCUGUUUCGGCAGAUGAAUAAUUAGGUAAUUAUGGUCUCCACCCUUCAGAGCCUAUGAGGAAGGCAAAGGAGGUUGGGAAGCUGUGGGCAUUCCGACAUUUCAGACGGGUCUUCUCCGCAGUGACCACCCACCCACCUUCUACCAAGUGUUCGGGGAGGAUGCUUGUAGUGAAAUCUUUCUUCUAUGAGUCAGAUGUUUCUAUAACUGCUGUAGACCUGGGUCACAGCGUGCCACUGACAACAACCGAUUUCAGAUUUUUAUUGUUACAAAGGAAACAUAGAGCAGGGCUUAAGUUACACAUAGCUUCUCGACACGGCGCUGCUUUUGGGUCCCUCUGGAGGCUCUGAUGUAGCCUAGGUCAUAGCCCUGAAGAUAACACGAUUCCCAAACUGAAAAUCCACGCAUCAUAAAGUUUUUGCAAGAUGACUCCUAGAAACGACUGUAACCUCUAACCCACUCUUCAUUGCAAAUGUUAAAUGAAACGAAGAUGAUAAAAGAGCUUAACAGUUUGAUACUGAUUACAUGAGCCAUUUAAUGUACUUAAUGCUUAAUACUCUCAUACCAUUUCAGUGCAGAAUUGAAUAUAUCCUAAGGUGGAUGGAUCUAUACUUUUAACACAUCUGAAAUCAGGAUUUAUCAUACAAUAAAUAAUCAUUGAAAAUU